CUUGGUUGUUCUCGGUUCCUUCCAGAAUGUCUGGAAAGUUCUCCGCUUCAGCUGCUUGACUUGCACUCUCAUUCACGCGUGGACUUUGCACGACGACCCAUUUACGCGCCGUCUGUAUUAGCGCCUUGGUAAAACAAACGAUAGUACCACUAUUAGCUGGCUUAAACACACCAGGCAGGUGUUGUUGUGUUUGAGUGCUAUUUCAAGUCAGGCUUAGGUUCUAUACCCUCGUUUUUACAAUGACCGCCGAGGAGCAAACGAGCGAAGGGCACCACACCAUCCCCAUGGAAGGAGAGGAUAUCACGUCCAAGAAAGAUGGAGGUGUUUUGAAGCUGGUGAAAAGGGAAGGCACUGGUGCAGAUUUCCCAAUGACUGGGGAUAAAGUUUUUGUUCACUACGUGGGCACCCUUCUGGAUGGCACUCCCUUUGACUCCAGCCGAGACCGAGGAGAGAAGUUCUCCUUUGAGUUGGGCAAAGGUCAAGUCAUAAAGGCGUGGGACAUCGGCGUGGCCACUAUGAAAGAGGGUGAGCUCUGCCAGCUCAUCUGUGGGCCAGAGUAUGCGUACGGGUCUGCGGGCAGCCCACCCAAAAUCCCCCCCAACGCCACACUUGUUUUUGAGGUGGAACUUUUUGAUUUCCGGGGGGAGGAUUUAACAGAAGACGAGGAUGGAGGGAUUAUCCGCCGCAUUAUCACCAGAGGGCAUGGCUAUGCCAAGCCUAAUGAAGGAGCCUCUGUUGAAGUGAGCUUCGAGGGCACCUGCGAGGGGCGCGUGUUCGAUGAGAGGGAACUCAAGUUCGAGAUCGGAGACGGAGACAGUCUCUGCUUGCCGGCCGGAGUGGAGAAAGCCAUCAUGGCCAUGGAGGAGGGAGAGGAGGCUCUGUUUUACAUCAAACCCAAGUAUGGCUUCGGGGAUGCUGGAAACACCAAAUAUAACAUCCCCGGCGGGGCGCUCUUGCAGUACAAGAUCAAGCUGACAGCCUUCGAAAAGGCCAAAGAGUCGUGGGAGAUGAAUGCGUCAGAGAAGUUGGAACAGAGCGUAGUAGUGAAAGAGAAGGGCACGCAGUAUUUUAAGGAGGGUAAGUUCAACCAGGCGUCUGUGCAGUACAAGAGGAUUGUGUCAUGGCUUGAGAAUGAGUCGGCGUUGUCCGAGGAGGAGGAGAACAAGGCCAAAGCGCUGCGGCUGGCUGCGCAUCUCAACUUGGCCAUGUGCUACCUGAAGCUCAAAGAGCCCAACCAAGCACUGGAAAACUGUAACAAGGCUCUGGAGUUGGACAAGUCCAGCGAGAAGGCGCUGUUCCGAAGGGGCGAGGCACUGUCUGGCAUGAAGGAGUUUGACAAGGCCAGGGAUGACUUUCAGCGUGUUGUUCAACUUUAUCCCUCAAACAAGGCUGCCAAGAGUCAGAUGGUUCUUUGUCAGAAGCAAAUCAGGGAGCAGCACGAUAAGGACAAGCGUACAUACGCCAACAUGUUCCAGAAGUUUGCAGCGAGGGACUCAAAGCAAGCGUCUGAGAAGGUAAAGAGCAAGGAGCAUGGCGACGAUAUGGAGAUCGAGAGUGGCAACAAGGAAGCAGAGAGCGACGCGAAAGCCUAAACGCUGUAAAUUCUGACAGUUCAUGUGUUCUUCUGACCUUUGUUACUUCAGCCAUUUGUGUUUUAAGUGUCUAACUGUAUGUGCGAGUAUGUUAAGGAGAGCACUGACUUAACCAGCUUUCUUCGUCCGGGCCUCUUGUUGUUAUCGUUGCGAACUGAACAAGUGUGAUGUGGUUUUAGUAUUUGUGUGCUCCCACCCCUGAAAACCUUUCAACCUGCAGCUUUACAAGCGUGUUUCACAGCUAUUUUGCAUUUGUGCGUACUGUGUGUAGAGAAUUGAAAAGCCUUCACUGUAAAAGGGCUAUUCACGUUGCACUAUAUUUGAUCUCUACCCUUCAACCAUCCAUCCAUUCAAGCCUCUGCUUUAUGGCCUGCUGAUCAAUUCCGGGACCGGCAAUGGCUUUACACACUGAUACGAUGUGCUGGAAUGUUCCAAAAUAUAUCUAUGUAGCAGGAGGUGAUGAAAUUUUUGGGGUAAACCGUUGGACUUAAGUUCUCUCCUUGAAUUCUCCAGCCGUUUUAGGUUUGGGUUUACCCAAUAGUGCUUUUGGGACUAUUGAUGAUGAUACUUUUGAUUACCCUUUCCCCCCCAAAGUGGUGUUGUUGUGAUUUAUGAAUUGUUGUCAAUACGACAAAAACUAAUCAACUGGAAUAUCUGGGCAUGUAAACGAGCAUCAAAGCAGUUACAGAGGACCUGUGGGCUUGUUCGACCGUCUUAAUUCUCUGCUUUGUGUACGAAGUUUUGCAGUUUCAGCCUGUCAAAAGGAAGCUGCAGUGGAAAUGCCACUUGGGAUCUACUUUGUUGGGUGUGGCUUGUUAUGGUGUGGCCUGGUGGAAGGAUACAAUAAAGAUUCGUUAAAAACUG